AUGGACCCAGCAGCCAUCACUCAAACGCCGGGAAGAAGCCUGGGCCCCGAUCCACUGCAGGAGGGAGAACCACGCCAGCUCCCGACCCAGCAGCCAUCGCUCAAGUGCCGGAAGUUCCAGACACCAUGUAACAGAUUUUUCCCCUACCAGGCUGAUUCUAACACCAACUUUUCUGUGCUGGAAAGAAGUAUAAACUGUGGUGACGUUGUGAGCUUUUCUGAUAUGUGCCACUCUAAUGAAGAGUAUUUCAAGAAACUAGAAGAGCUUAAGGCAGCUCACAUAGAAACUAUGGCAAAACUAGAGAAAAUGUACCAGAAUAAAUUAAAUUUAAAAGAAGUUCAGCCAAUAACCAUCAGGGAGUAUGUUCCUAGCAACUCUUCCAGUUCUGUGUCGGAAAAUAACUCCUGCCGCCCUGUCACGUUAAUGACAUCACUUUCGGAGCCAGACUUAGGCCAGUCUUCCUCCUUGUAUACUUCUUCUGAAGAAGAGUUGCCCAACCUAGAAAAAGAGCAUCCCAGGAAAAACAAAAUGAUGUCCUAUGCUAAGGAGCUCAUCAGCAACAUGUGGACCAACUUUUGUGUGGAUGAUUAUAUUCAGAGUGAAGAUACUGACUUCCAAGUAGCUGAAAAGACAAGGAAGAAACCAAAAGAAUGGGUGCCCACAAUUACAAUACCUGUACCUUUUCAAAUGAUGAUUAGAGAACAGAAGAAAAAAGAGGCCAUGAAAUCUAAAUCAGAUAUCAGAAUAGUACAUAAAGUCCUCAAAAGCAAAGAAGAUUCAGAGUGUAAGAAGAAAUUCAGAGCCAAUCCAGUUCCUAUGAGUGUCCUUCUUCCCCUUUAUCAUGAGCUAGUUAAGCAAAAUGAAGAACAGAGGAGGGCUAGGAAGGAGAAAAGCAAAGAAACUCUUUUGGCCUCACAAAAGCCAUUUACAUUCAUUGCAAGGGAGGAACAGAAGCAAGCAGCCCGGGAAAAGCAACUGAGAGACUUGUAUAAGUCUAAAAAAAAAACAUAUCAAUUUAAAGCCAGACCAAUACCUCGAUCUGUUUAUAGUUCAGCUAUCAGUGACAAAUUAAAAGAAGAAGAGCUCCUUAGAAACAUCAGGACCCAACUGAGAGCCCAACAGCUUUUACAGAACUCAUCCCCUCUGCCUUAUAAACCAGGUCAUAAACAUGCCAGGAACCCCAAGGCUCCUGAACAGACUGGAAAAUUAAGGAAUAAACACAAGGCACGAUCCCAGACUCCUGAUGUUGAAAACCUUCCUGAGGGGUGUAAGAAACACUUCUCAAAACACAAGCAUCCAAAACUCUCCACAGUCCACCGACCACUUAAUGUUUGUGCAUCCUCAAGUAAAUCUGAAAGAGAGAAUAUUUUGGCAGAUGAAGAAAAUCUGAAAGAAACAUGUUGCCCUUGUCUGUCUCCAAGGCAUAAGCCACCAGUAAGAAGUGCAAGUGCAAAGCCCACGUCUUGUAGAUGCAGACCUGCAGUGCCCACAGUGUCAUCCAGAGGACGAGAACAAGCCGUCAGGAGAUCACUUGAGGAAAAGAAAAUGUUGGAAGAAGAAAGAAAUCGGAUCUUAACUAAGCAGAAGCAAAGAAUAAAAGAAUUGCAGAAACUCCUGACAACCCGGGCUAAGGCUUAUGACCCACAUCAAAGUUUAGCUCAAAUGUCUAAAUCCAAAGUAAAAUAUCUCAGAAAGAGUGAAAAGGAAAGGAUGAGAGAAUACCGACGAGAACUAGAAGAAAGAGAAGAAAAAUUAAAAAUGAGGCCAUUACUAUUUGAAAGAGUUUCUCAGGAAAAUGCGAGAAUGGCAGCAGAAAAGCAUUAUUCUAACAAACUAAAAGCACUAGGAAUAUCUGAUGAGUUUGUUUCAAAGAAAGGCAAAAGUGGAAAAGUAUUUGAGUAUCUCAGCAAUCAAGAGAUGAAAAGUUUCACGGAAGAUAAAGAAAGCUUAAAUGAAGAAGAAAAAGUAGAAGAGAGAGAGAAUGGGGAAGAAAAUUAUUUUAUUGAUAGCAACAGUCAAGACUCUUGCAAGGAUAAAGGUGAAGAUGAUGCAGCGAGCGGAGAAGUGUCUGCUGAAGAAUAGAACUGAAAUGCAGGGCCUCCCCCCUCUAUUCCCUGGCUGCUACUUGCAGCACCUGCACCUGUGAUGUGAGGACAUCUGUGGGGACACCUUCCGUGUGUGCAGUGCUGGUGAACAAAGACGUUGCGGCUGAAGAAGGCUGAAUCCAGAUGAUCGGUGAUUUGAUCAGUUAGAGUAAGGCUUUUCCUGUUUUUUUGUUUUUUAAAUUGCAAUUGUUUGCUACGAUCUUGUAUUUUUGUAUUUGAAAAAAGAUUUGAGAAUCACAGCUAUCACAAACUGAUUAGUUAAAAAAUAAGUAUUAUAUUUGGUGGGGAAAUAAGUGUUAUAUUUGGUGGCUUAGAAUUGAGAAACGAGCCAGGCAUGGUGGCACAGGCCUAUAAUCCCGGCACUUGAAAGGCUGAGGCCAGAGGAU